UAGACACCGUCUCUUCUUCUUCAUCUGGUUGUGUGCAACCAUGGCAGUUCCAGAGUUGUGCUUCCUGUGAAGAGAUUCCCAGCUACCUGCAACAGCUUGUCGAUUCCUGUCUUCAAACAGAGAUGCCGCUAGAGACGUCUGUUGGGACUGCCCAAGAUAGUUUGCACUGUUUUCCUGACACUUUCCAACCAGGCCCUGCCUGCCUCAAUGAAAGCCUGGGUCAGGGAUCUCUGGAUUCUUCGGAUCCCGCCAGCUCCUGCGAUUACAGCUACUCCCCUCCUCAGCUGCAUCCGUUUACGCCACUCAGUUACAAUCCUUCGCCUUGCCUGGAAGUCAAUAGCUGCAUGUUCCCGUCAUCCGAGGGAAGCCCCUGCUUGCAGCCCCUCCACCCCCAAUACCACCAUGCCUCAUCCGCAUGCUGCUGUACAUCGUGCGGCUCCCAGCACUUAGACGCUUUCAGAGUCCCUGAAUCUUUCCCCUUUGCCAACACAGACUGCCGGGACUAUGCGCCUUCCCUCUCUGCGGCUGAUGAUUUCUUCCGGAUAGAUAGGUCCUGGGACAUGUGCUACAGUUAAUGGUAUACAUCCGGCCACAGAGUUAC